GGCGACAACAACAAAACGCUUGUGCGGCAGGCCCGCCGCCCGAAGCCGACCGACGAGCAUUGUUGUAGCGAGCAAAGCGAGUUGUGAGUAUUGCUGAGCGUCGCGCCGCCGCCGCCGCCGCUCGGUCGUCGUCGCCGGUGUUGAUGUCAUUGUUGUCGCCCGGCCCGCCGCCGCGUGCGUGCGUGUGACACGGCGAGUGUUUUUUCGAAGCAACCUUGGGAAGCGGCGGCGGCGGCGACAACGACGACCGGGUUUUUGUUUUUCCCGAUGUACAAACGGAAAACAUUAUUUUGUUGAUCGAAAUCCGGUGCGCAUGCGCCGCGACAACAACGCGCCGCGGCCGGCAGUUGUUCACUAAACAUUGUUUUAUAACGUGAACUAAACCCAAGGCCGGUGCAGUUUGCCAUCAACCAUCGAAACGCGCGCCCGUUUCCGUUGAUUGUUCUGCUGCUGUUGUGCUCCUCUGGCAUCUUCACUUCUUCUUCGUCGUCGUCGUCGUCACAACACGGCAAUAAUUAUAAUUUUGAAAUAAUAUCGUCGUUACGAUUAAAUUUUAAAACUCCCGCCGACCGUCGACGUUAUUAUUAUUAUUAUUAUUAUUAUUUGUCGGUAUAACGCGCCGUCCUAAAACCGACCCCGCAUGCGCGUCAACCACCACUCGAACCGUACGAAAUUCGAAACGAAAGCCCAACGGUUUUUCACUCUCGUCCGUCGCACAUCGACGGAAGUCGUGCGGCGCCGGUGGCGGUGGUGGUGGUCCGCGAACCCUGUGCCGGCCGGGCCAUGGAGUGGUACCGAGAGCAGACCAUCCAGCUGAUCGACUUGUUCCGGGACCGUCCGGCCCUGUGGGACACGAGUUCGGUGCACUACCGCAACAAGCGCAUGAAGAACGAGUCGCUGGAGCAGAUCAGCGCCAAGCUCAAGUGUCCCAAGGAGGAGAUCGCCAAGAAGAUAUGCACUUUGCGCGUGCAGUUCAGCCGGGAAAACGUCAAGGUGAAACGGGCCCGGGAAUCCGGCGGCGCCGCUUACAACCCCAAGUGGUUCGGCUACCAACUGCUGUGUUUCCUGAACGAUCAGUCACGGUACUCGUCGCAGCCGAUCAACAACUGUUCGACGGGCGCCGGUGCAGCCCCGGGGGCGUCCGGAGUCAUGCCCGGCGGCGCGAUCGCGCAAAACCAAACAGACGUAGACAAUCAACAUUAUAAUUGGAGUCAAACAUCUGAGGACAGUUAUGCAGAAGCAAAUGAUACAAAUGCGAGCGGCUAUGAGGCAGACAGUGUGCUAGCUUCAAUGAUGCAUGAGUCCAUGGACGACUACCACAACCAGGAACCGAUAGUGGAUGUGCAGGAACCACAAACAUGGUCAUCGUGUAGGAAAUAUCGUGGUAUGCAGCCAGUAACGGGUGGAGAUUAUUCAGAAGAUGAUGGUGGAGGCUACAAUAGCAGGAAGAUUAUGCGAAUGUCUAAGCUGGAUGCACCGACUGACGAGUUCAAUACAUUCUCAGACUAUGUGGCUGAACGGAUGCGUAACCUUAAAGCCGACAAAGCUCUGCAGCUGAUGGCUCGACGAGACAUUGAACAAGUGUUGUUCAAGUAUGAAAUGAAAUUGUUGGAGCAGAAGAGAGACUCCCAACAACACCAACAACCCGACACAGAGGCGGCCACCACGUCAAAGUCUAUUUCACCAUCACCCAUCAGUGACAUGGAACAACAGUAGACCCAAUUUUAUUGUUAAAAUGUUGACUGGGUUUACUAAAUGAUAAUAACUAGUCGUUUAAGACCAGCAUUCAUUUCUAUACAUUGUAUAAAAAAAUAUUAAUAUUGAAUAAUGUGACUGGGAGUACUAUUAAUGCUCAUGUUAACCCUAAAGAGUUAUACUUAUAAUAUUUUAAACAUUUGUAUGUGCAGCCAAUAAUUUUUGUUUACGAUACUAUAUAUGUAAACUUAAAGACAAUUUAUAUUAUACAUAAUUUUUGAUUCCUAUAUAUUUCUAUUAUUAUUAAAUGUAUGUAUUUAUAAUAAAACAUUUUACAUUA